AAUAACCGAUAUAGCACUAGAAUGGUUACGAACAACUAGUCCGCGUUGUUACGUAAUGCCAUUAUCACGUGAGAAACUUUUAGCAGCUUGUAGUCCCUCCUUAUGCAACAACCCGACAAAAAAAAAGGGGUUGUCGACCCCAAAUCUCAGUUUCAGUGUCAUGGCGGCGCAAUUUAACGCGGUGGUUUCAGCCCAGUGGCUGGCGGACGCAAUAAAAAGCGGCCUCGUAGGUUCCAAGAUACGAGUCCUGGACGCGUCAUGGUAUCUUCCGAUAACAAAACGGGAUGCGAGAGCGGAGUUUGCGGAGAAGCACAUCCCGGGCUCUUCGUUCUUCGACCUCAUUAAGAGCAGUGACGAGAGCUCUCCUUACUGCUUCACGCUUCCUAAAAGCGACCACUUUUCACGUUUUGUGGGCGAGCUGGGCAUCGGUAACGAUACGCAUGUGGUGGUAUACGACGCGCACGAUUUUGGCUCCUAUACAGCGCCCCGAGUCUGGUGGAUGUUCCGACAGUUCGGGCACAGUUCGGUGUCUGUGCUGGACGGGGGCAUGAAGAAUUGGUUGGAAGAAGGCCACCCGGUGACGCCAGAGCAAGUGAAACCGGAGCGGAGACACUUCCAGGCGACCCCUAACCCUGGGUGGGUGACGACUUAUGAAGAGGUGCUGGACAACAUCGGCACCAAGAAGUUCCAGGUGGUGGACACCAGACCUGCUGGCCGGUACAGGGGAAUCGAACCGGAGCCCAUUGAGGGAACACUACCAGGUCACUUCCCCGGUGCAGUCAACUUGCCAUUUACUUCCUUCCUGCAAACCUCUGGAAAGUUUCUGGUCAAAGAGGACCUGUUCAGCCAGUUCAAGGAAGCUGGGUUCAACUUGGAUCAGCCACUGAUGGCCACCUGCUCUUGUGGCGUUACGGCGUGCUUUGCUAUUCUGGUUGCCCACCUUCUCGGGCAUCCGGGCGUGCGUCUUUAUGAUGGCUCCUGGUCUGAGUGGUUUAAUAAAGCAUCGCCUGAGAACAUAAUCUCAGAGGGAGAGGGAAAGAAGAUGUAAGUUGACAUGGAAAGCAGAAAGUUACAAGAAAAUUUGAUAUUUGGUAGUUUAAGAUGUUUUAUACUCAAUGAUAUUGUUACUUAACAGCAUUAGUUUAACAUUAGAACACUAUAAGAACAUGUCAUAGCCGACAGUACCUCUUUAGGCAAAUAAUCGAUUGCAAACGUUGCAGCAAAUGUUUACAGUGUAUAGAGAGCAAUCUAUAAUGCUUUUCGGGUAUAAAAUCUAUUCUUUCUGCUCUCUUCUCUGUUUCUAAUGAAACUUUGUCAUGCUCAUUUGUCAUUAUUAUUCAUUAACCAGUCCAGAAAAAUAAACAUUCCUCUGUUUUUUAAGAGAGUCACAAUGAACUUGGAUCGUAAACCUGCCUUUUAUCUUGUAUAAUAAAAUUUGAUAUACAUUUGACACAUAUGGAUUUCUAUUUCUGCUGUUUUCUACC